AUGGAAGAACCAUCGUCGAAUAAAUUCAUCAGUAAAAAGCAACAGUCAACAACAGCAUCAAGUGUAUGUCAAAUUUGUGGACAUUCAGCUAUAUAUUCAUUUUAUGGUGUUAAAUCAUGUAAUCCAUGUAGAAUGUUUUUUAAACGAAAUGCUCAACUAGGACAGGAUGCAUUUAAAUGCGAUAGUGAUGAUGAUUGUGAAAUAAAUAUAAAUAAUCGUCAUUUUUCAAGUUUAAAUCUUUUACGAUCAGAUCAAUCAACAUUAACUGUCGAUCAAUGGAAUCUUCUCUCAAAUCUAUCUCAUUGCUAUGAUGAACAUAGUGAAUUAUCAUUAGGUUUAUGUUUGAUGAAUGAACAAAAUAAUUUACCUCUUAAAUCACGUUUUAAAAAUGAAGCAUUGAUCAAAUAUUUCCAGGUUGCAAUGAAAGGAGAUAAAAAUAAUCAAGAUUUUCUUUCAUUAUCUAUUGAUAAUCGUUCUACUUUACUCAUUAGUACAAUGAAACAUACAGCAGAUAUUUCGACAAAUUUUAUGCAUUAUAUGACUGGAUUAUUGAAUAUCCCUGCUUUUUAUGUUACUGUUGCGCUUAUUACUCAUCCAACUGUAGUGCCUACUGUUAAACGUAUAGUAGAGAGAAUUCGGUUUGAUAUAGUCAUAAUAAAAUUACUUCUUGCCAUUGUUUGUUUUUCAACUAUUAAUUAUACAACUUAUUCAAAUAUACCUUCAAUGAAUUUAUCAAAUAUUAAACAAAUUCUAAAUAUUCAAGAUAAAUAUAUUGAUUUAUUAUGGAGAUAUUUAUUGUACAAAUAUAAUUAUGCACAAGCUAUUAUGUAUUGUUCUGAUCUUAUAAGAUGUUUAUUUGCUGCUACUGAAUUUCUAUAUAGAACAGACUUUGUGCAAUUUUUCAACGAUAAAAUCAACUUUCUUGUUCAACAGACUGAUCAAAGUCUUAAUCUUAAUGAUUAA